GAGGCCGAAGCAUGGUGGGAGGAGAUUAGUUCACAUGGAAUAACACUACGUGCUGCGGGAAUACGGUUCAUACAAAGAACAUUUCCGUCCAUGACUGAGACCAGCAAACAUGAGGUUCCUGCAGUUUGUCACUCGGUGUGUGUCACAUCACUACCUGCUUCCUAGAUGUGUGUGCCAUGCACCUGUCGUGACCUCCGAAACAUAUAGUUUGGACUUUCAUAGAAUGUGGCUCAUGUCACCCAAAAGGACUAUGGCUUCCAGAGGUCAGAAUGGCGGCACUUCCUUGAGCAUCCUCUGUCUAACUCCAAGAAGUACACAAGUCCGCACCAUCCAGACAGACAACUCCAAAACCUGUAUGGACGCCGAUGAUGUGAUGGAAGAAGACUUUGGGACAUUGUCACAAAGGUAUUCCUCCAGAGCAGCGUUCAGGAAAACAUCUCCGGAUUUCCAAAAUUUAAAGCAUGCAGAGGUUGAAGUGGAAAAGAAAGAGGCAGUGCAGCUAUCCAAAAGAACCAGAAGAAACAGUCCCUACUGGUACUUCCUACAAUGCAAAAGCAAAAUAAAAGAAGGGAAGUUGGCUGAGGCACUGGAGCUGUUCGAAGUAAAAAUGCUACAGGAAGAACACCUGCAGCCUGAGGAAAGUAACUACACCGUUCUAAUAGGAGGUUGUGGCAGGGCCGGCUAUGUGAAGAAAGCCUUCCGUUUAUAUUCAGAUAUGAAGAAGCGGGGCCUUGAACCUACAGAUGCUACGUAUACAGCUCUAUUUAAUGCCUGUGCUGAGUCCCCCUGGAAAGACUCAGGGUUAGAGCAUGCCUUAAAACUACGUCAGGAAUUGAGGGACAAAAACAUCCAACUAAAUCUUAUUACAUACCAAAGCUUGAUGAAAGUUUGUGCAUUGUGCUCUGACCUGCAGAGCUGCUUGGAGGUAUUCAAGGAGAUUGUACAGAAGGGGCAUAUUAUCACUACGGAUACUUUCAACAUCCUUCUUAUGGGCUGCAUCAAGGACAAGAUGCUUGGAUUCCGUUACUCUCUGCAGGUGUGGCGGCAGAUGUUGUGCUUGGGGUUGAAACCAAAUAUUAACACCUACAAUCUUCUGCUUCGAGCUGUGAAGGAUUGUGGUAUUGGUGACCCUGCAGUGGCUUCUGAGGUGUUGCUGUCCAGUAAAAAUCCAUUCCUCAAGGCCAGAAGUGGCAAACCCAGGCAAGGGAAAAAAGAAAACAUAACAAAUAAAAUUACAGAGCGGGAAGUAGAGAUGCUGCAGCACCAGCUGCUUCUUGGGAGUCCAACAGACUCCAAGGAAUCCAGUCUCAAUGGAGUUCAUGAAUCUGCUAGAGUUAAAAGAACAUCAUCCCCGUUACCUUCUGAGCCGGUGUCCCUUCACUUAAAAACCAUACCCAGCGACUCUGUCCAGCAUCUUCCAAACCUCCUAAACCCUAAUGUAGACACAAGCAUGGUGGUCUCGCUGGGAAACAUCAUCAGCCCUUCUGAUAGACUUGCUUUAAUUGGAGACAUGGAGGGAGUACUUAAGAUGAUGCAAGAGGACAAUGUGAUUCCUACUGUAAAAACAUUCACACAAUUGGCUGAAGUGUUGAGACCUGACAGCCAAUUAGAAUCCACCCUUCUCAACAUCAUGGACUCACUGAAUAUACACGCAGAUGUGACUUUUUUUAAUACUUUGGUAAAAAAAAAAAGUAAAAUGUUAAGCCUUCAGUCAGCUAAGGAAUCACUAUCUAUUCUGCAUCAAAGAGGAAUUGCACCCAAUAUCCAAACAUUCUGCAAUCUGGCUAUUGCCUGCCACAAGAGAGAAGAUGGGCUGCAGCUCCUUGAAGACAUGACGAUUUGUGGGAUUUCUCCAAACAACUACAUAUAUAGUUCCCUAAUAAAUGUGGCCACGAAGCACCUAGAUUACAUCUACAUCACAGAUAUCCUUCGGGACAUGAAAAAGAGAAACAUAGCUCCAAACGAAGUGGUGAUUCGGCAACUGGAGUUUGCAGCACAGUACCCACCAAAGUUUGACAGGUAUAAAAGUAAGAAUGUGUUUCUGGAAAAGAUUGAUGGUUUCCGUGGCUAUUAUAAUCGCUGGCUUGACUGGAUGUCAGCAACUGAAACACCGCACCCCUGGGAGAAAUAUAGGACAACCACCAAAUUUAAAAAGCAUGGCCUAUCCCCCGAAGAAGAGAGAGCAUGACAAUGGGCUGAAGAACUAGAACAUGUUUACUUAGCAUGCUUAUAAUUACUUUGCUUUGUGUCAUCUGAAAGAGUUGCCAUAAUUUAAUAAUAAAAAGAAUCAUCAACACAAAUUAACAUGUUUAUUACACACUCUAUAGAUAUACCCAUUUUUAAAAAAGGUCACAGAACAGAUACAACUUCUGAAAACUACAGCAUCUACAUUUCGGUGUUACUCGAAACAUCCCUUAGCCGGAACAACCUCGGCAGCCGCAGUGAGUGCAUUCAAUAAUCCUCCCCUACAAAAAAGAGAAAACAGAGGAACGAUAAACACAAAACAAAUACAUAUUACAAGUGCAGUACAAAGAAAA